AUGGCGGUAAACCAAUCAAAUCGUAAAUGUAAAUAUGAAUUCUGCUGGGUCUGCAUGGGACCUUGGUCAGAACAUGGUACCAGCUGGUAUAAUUGCAAUCGUUUCGAUGAAAAAAGUAGUCAGGAUGCCAGAGAUCAACAGGCGAAAUCUAGAGCUUCUUUGGAAAGAUAUCUUCAUUACUAUAAUCGAUAUGCCAAUCAUGAGCAAUCCGCGAAACUUGAUCGUGAACUUUAUCUAAAGACGGAGAAAAAAAUGGAAGAAAUGCAGCAAACUUCUGAUUUAUCAUGGAUUGAAGUUCAAUUUCUUAAAAAAGCAGUUGAUAUUCUCGUGCAAUGCCGUAUGACUCUCAAGUGGACAUAUGCGUUUGCAUUUUAUCUUGCUCGUAACAAUCAAACAGAGAUUUUUGAAGACAAUCAACGUGAUUUGGAAAUGGCAGUUGAACAACUCUCUGAAUUAUUGGAGAAGCCUAUCGAAGCCGACAAAAUUGCAGAAUUAAAACAAGAAGUUCUCAAUAAGACUGUUUAUGUUGGAAGCAGAAGGGAAGUGUUGCUGGAAGAUACAGCUAAAGGUCUAUUGGAAGGUCGUUGGGAAUUCCAAGUCGACAUUAAAGAGUAG